UGUUAAUCAGACUUGUCUGUUCCUUAAUCUCUGAUUGGUUAUCCAGGCGAGUCGCCUUAUUGGCGCGAUGUUUAGUAUAAAUGUUCUUUAAGUAGCUCUUAAAGAUUAGUCUGAAAAAAUUGCAUAAAGAUUUCGUAUGCACGAGGAUUAUUUUUACAAAUCACAGAUCAAACCGCUAACGACCACUUUAUCUAUGAAUCAGCCUUUAAAUAAAAGAAAUAGCUUACAAGCUUGUUACAAAUCUGAUGGGAAAUCUGAAGGUCGAUUCGAAGAAAUAGAAAGAAAAAUUGAGAAAAUUGAGGAAAAAUUGUCACUUGAAUCAAAUAAGCAGACAGAAACUGAGCUUACUUUAAGGAAAUUAAUUGAUCAGGUUGAACUUAUGAAACUUGCUGCUUCCAAUUCAAUGCAAACUACAAAACCAAUAUAUGUGAAAAGACAAGGACAUCGGAAAACUUCAUUAACUACGUCCGGAGUCCCGUAUUCACAGAAUGUGAAUCAAAUAUUGAACCCAGGUGCCUUUACAUGCUCUGAUGAAUCGUCGUCUGGUAAUCUACCUAAUCUGUCGAAAAGUGAGAAAACAUCCAAUGUAGUCUAUACUUAUAUUGAUAAUUACCUUAAAGCCUGUAUGUCAAGUGUUGAGAAGAAAUUGUUUGGCAAAUUAGACAUCUGCUUUGAUAAAAUCCAAUCACUUGAAGCACAUGCAAAUCAAAGUAAAACUGAAGAUGAUAAUAGACUGACGAAUUCACAAGAAAUUCAUCUAAGUCCAGAAGAAAGUGGUUCAGAUAUGAGUGUUUGCUCUGAAUAUCAGGUUACAUUGGAGAAGCAUAAAAGACGUUUGGAAGAAAUGGAGAAACUAGUCAAACAUUUUGACUCUCCUAUAGUUAACGAAACUAUAAAAAGUGUUCUAAGCUCUGAAAUUAAAAGUAGACAUCAACGAAAUCGACAAUUGCAAAAACUUUACACUUGUAUAAUUGAGAAGUUCCUAGGAAUCAUAGACAAAUGGCAGCCUAAUUUGAAUAAUCUUGAAAUAAAUUCAAAUUCUUAUAAUGCUGAUUUGAACGGGUCUGAUCGUUCUGUGAAUGAAUCGGAAAAUAAUAACUUUAAGCUGUCACAGCUCUUACUCUUAUUACACGAAGAUUUAAUUCAUUUACAAACAAAACUAGAAAAUGAACCAAUAAAGUAUGGUGAAACAUCCAUUGUGAAGAAUGCGCAAGAACUUUUGGACUUCAGAACACUAGCUGAAUCUAUUCUGGUAGUGAAAAUCAGUCUGGAAUUGAAAAUUAACAAAUUGGAAAAACAGCUUAAUUUGGAACGUGAAAAGAUUCACACCGAAGUUGUUAAACUAAAAGAAAUUUGUGAUCGCUUCAAAACAAGAGGAAAUAUAUAA